CGGGUAUUCUUAGCGGCACAUGAUUAAGUCCGAAAGCCGAAUAGCAUCAUUCGGAGUCCGACAGUCCGACUAUAGCCGAGAUAACCCACGAUCUUAUCAGAUAAGAGUAGCCUGAUUCCGUUCCCCCAUGUUCCGCAUCUAAAUCUUGCGCUCGACUAUAUUCGACACCAGAUAGCUCGCUGUUUAUCGUCGUAAAUAUUUUUCUACUGCAUGUCUGCUGCAGUAUCUUCGACAAAUCCUACUUUGUGGGCGACAGCCUCUAAAGAAUGGGUCAUUCAACCCAAGCCCAAGCCUGGUCGUAAACCAAAGAAGGAUCCCGCACCAUCCAAUACCGACCCGGAUGGAGACGGUAAAGGUCGGCGCGUUCAGAACAGAGCUGCACAGCGUGCAUUCCGAGAGAGAAAACAGUCUCAGCUCGCGGAAUUGCAGGCUCGCGUGCAGUCUUAUGAGCAGGGAGAAAUAGAGCGUAACGUAGCGCUUCAAAACAUCGCUAAACGUCUCAAGGAAGAAAAUGAAAUGCUGCGCAAGCAGAACAAGGCUCUCCAAGAAAAAGUUUCCAAGGCAGAGUCGGAACGCGAUGCUGCACUCGCAAAUAAUAAGAAGAGGCCGAGAGAUGAAUCUCCCGCGUCCACUUCAUCCACUCUGUCGUCGAGAAAGAAAGGCAGGGUCAUCUCAGAUUCACAGGCUUCACAGUCGCCGGCGCCUCCUUCUUAUAAUGUAUCUACCGCGUCGUCGCCGGAGUCUAAUGAAGCGCCGGAGACACCUCAAUCACCUAUCGACCAUGACCCCUCGUUCUCGACUCCCAAUCUAGCCAACUUGAUUGACUUUUCGACCGCUUCCAAGCCGCCGUUUGAUACACCAUUCCCGCCGUUCGGAUGCGGUUUUUGCAGUGAAGAUACUCCUUGCGUUUGCCGCGAGGUCGUGAUCCAAUCAACGGCACCAUCCUCUCCCUUCAAACUGGAGAGAUUUGAUGACCCCGAUCCAAUUCUGCGUGUGGGCUCACCUCCUCCGACUGUUCCCUCCAUACUGGAUAAUCUCCCUGCCUAUCAACCCGCCGUUCCAUUACGCCGCAGACGUCUUAGUACGAACGUCGGAGAGAUAUUUCCCGUCUCACCUCUGCGUCCAAAAUCACCCAUCCAUUCUGAUACCGUUGCAAGUUGUUCAGGUGAUCCUGACAACUGCUUGGCUUGCGCCGGCGACACUUUUGGGAAGGCAUUUUGUGCUGCCAUCAGUCAGUCGGUAGCUUCGCAGGAGCCUUGCGUUGACUGUCCUUGUGCGCAGAAUGACGCAUUGGGUAGACCGGAACCACGAUCUGCCAAGUCAGAUCAGGAGACUAUCCCAACGAAUGACGCAUGGCAGCAGUUGAAGUCCCAUCCUAAUGUUGCAUUUUCCGACCUCAGUCUUCUCGCCGACGUAGUUGCUAGAAGGUCGAAGUGUACAGGGCCUCGUGUGGUCAUAUCUCCUGCCCCCGGAUCUGUCACUCCGGAGCGUUCAAUAUCUCCCCAGCCUGCGGAUGGAGGUACGAGAGCCGAGCGCAGAAUUUCGGGGCGGGCAUCACCGCCACGGUUGGUACCAGAAGAAGAAUUGUUGAGAUGCGGACAGCGAAGAGUGCGUGAAGUUCAAGCAGCUGGUGUUCGCGAUGCUCUUCGCCUUCUCGACGCCAAGUUCUCUUAAGGACCUUGCAUAAUGCUUUUAUUGUAUUCAAUUGUUGCAUCAAAUUUAAGUAACUAU